UAAGUAGUGGAGGAGGAGACGAGAGAGAGAGAGAGUGAAGUGAAGUGUAGUGUGUGAACUGUGUGAAAAAUAUAGGCACACGGAUGGGACAUCAGCUGUCCAUUGUCUUACUCCUCCUUCCUCCGCCACCAUUCUAUCUCUAGUCUCCACCCAACUCCGCCACCCCUUUUCAUCUUUUGGGUUUUAUUUUCCCCCUUGAAUAAAUCUAAAGAGAAUAGAUAGAUUGGUGUGGGGAAAUGGGUUGCACGGCGUCCAAGCUGGACAACGAGGACACUGUGCGCCGCUGCAAGGAGCGGCGCCGCCUCAUGAAGGAGGCUGUCUACGCCCGCCAUCACCUCGCCGCAGCCCACUCCGACUACUGCCGCUCGCUCCGCAUCACCCCCGCCUUCCCCCUCCGCCCCCCCUCUUCCCCCACCAGUUUCAACCUUAACCCCCAAAGUUUUCCCCCCCCGCCGAAGCAUCACGUUCCUACCCCCUCUCCUUCCCCCUCUCUGCACCCUCCUCCUCCGCCGCCUCCCAUUUCCACCGCCUCCUCCCAGCAUCACGACCGACAACCACCGCCGCCGAUUCGUCGGAAAAAGCCCGUUAAACUCCCCCACAUUCUCUCAGACUCAAGCUUCUCGUCUUCUCCACCUCCCAACCAUAAUUUCACUUACAAUGCAAGAGCCAAUUCAACUUACUCGAGCACUCCUUCUCAAGCUUCUUCAGUCUGGAAUUGGGAUAAUUUCUACCCUCCCCCUUCUCCUCCUACUUCUGAAUACUUCCGGCAACUCCACAACAACAAGAACACCAGAACUCCAACGGACAAUGAUAAUUCGGAUGAUGAUCUCUACACGGACAAUGAUAAUGAUGAUAAAGCCUCAAGCUUUACUUCAUAUUCCAAUGUCCGGGAUCAGGGCGAUGAGUAUCAGAAUCCUUUUAGCAGCAAUCAGGGCAAGCAUUUCGACGACCGAGCAUCAAAUUACUCGUCAUAUUCACGGUACUCAGAGAGUGAUUAUGCAAAAAAUUCCGUGAGACAAGGCCCUGAAGCAGUGCAGAAGAAAGGGCCAAAUUUGAAACAUUGGGAAAGCGAAGAGGAGGAAACGGAGAGAGAAGAGGUUCAGUGCAGUGAAUGGGGAGACCAUGAUCAUUGCAGUAGUACAAGUACCUCGUCCGACGAGGAUGAGAGGGAGGAUUUGAAGUCAAGAUCUGAUUUUGGGACAAGGUCCAAUUUUGGGUCGGUGAAAAAUGAGGUUGCUGCUGCGCCUGCUAAUACUGGGAGUGCUAAUUUGAAUGCAAACUCCAAAUUCUCGAGUAAAUCGGAGAAGCUAUCUUCGGAGGAUGAUGGCAAGUCUUCAGUCAGUUGGGGAGAUGGCAACAACGAGAGGGCGAAUUCUGCCAGGAGGAUUGUGGUGCGGCACAAAGAUUUGGCCGAGAUUGUAGCGGCUAUCAGGGAGUAUUUUGAUAAGGCUGCUUCUGCCGGAGAGCAGGUCUCUGAGAUGCUUGAAAUUGGCAGGGCUCAGCUUGAUCGGAGCUUCAAGCAAUUAAAAAAGACGGUGUAUCAUUCUAGUGGAAUGUUGAGUAACCUGAGCUCCAGUUGGACAUCAAAGCCUCCUUUGGCAGUUAAAUACCGGUUCGAGCCAAGUUCAAUUGAUCAGUCCAGCGGUCCAAAAAGCCUUUGUUCAACGUUGGAACGGCUCUUGGCUUGGGAGAAGAAACUAUAUCAAGAAGUAAAGGCUAGAGAAGGAGUGAAAAUCGAGCAUGAGAAGAAGUUGUCUUCACUUCAAAGUCAGGAGUACCGGGGGGAAGACGAAUCCAAGUUGGACAAGACAAAGGCAUCAAUAACGAGACUUCAAUCUCUGAUUGUGGUGACAUCUCAAGCUGUUUCAACUACCUCAUCUGCUAUUAUAGGUCUUCGGGACUCUGAUCUCGUCCCACAGCUCGUUGAACUUUGUCACGGGUUCAUGUACAUGUGGAGAUCAAUGAAUCAGUUUCAUGAAGUCCAGAAUGACAUAGUGCAGCAAGUUCGCGGACUCGUUAACCACACAAACAAAGGCGAAUCAACGUCUGAUCUACACAGGCAGGCAACACGGGAUCUUGAGUCAGCCGUAUCAGCCUGGCACUCCAGUUUCUGCCGCCUGAUAAAGUUUCAAAGGGACUUUGUCCGCUCUCUCCACGGUUGGUUCAAGCUCACGCUCAUCCCUGUUAACAGCGAACCAACCAACGGCAACAGGGAACUUUCCGAGGUCUUUACUUUCUGUGACGAGUGGAAACUUGCACUCGACCGCAUACCGGAUACCGUUGCAUCUGAAGCCAUCAAAAGCUUCAUCAAUGUCGUCCAUUCAAUAUCUUUGAAACAAAUAGAGGAGCUCAAGAUCAAGAAACGAACCGAAACAGCAUCAAAGGAGCUUGAGAAAAAAGCUUCCUCUCUCAGGAACAUCGAGAAGAAAUACUACCACUCAUACUCCAUGGUCGGCAUAGGACUUCCCGAUACUGGGCCGGAUAACGGCCACGCCUUGGAUGCACGAGACCCAUUGGCUGACAAAAAGGCGGAGCUUGCCACAUGCCAAAGGCGGGUGGAAGACGAAAUGCUUAAACACGCAAAGGCCGUGGAGGUGACUAGAGCAAUGACACUGAACAACAUCCAAACAGGGUUGCCUGGAGUUUUCCAAGCUAUGACCAGUUUCUCUGCCUUGAUAACCGAGGCUCUCGAGACAGUAUGCUACCGCUCUUACGCCAUUUAGUCUUAAAAACUUAAAUGCAGCUUAUAUUAUAUAUUUUUUCCCCUUAUCUUUUUGGGUUCUGAAGCAAGUUAGAUAUGGGAAGGCCACCAUUUUUUCAUGGUGCCUCUAUUCUUGGUAAGCAUCCCUCCACUUUUUCUAUUUUCUCUUUUCCAAUAUGUGAAUAUUUUGAAUUUUGCAGCCCCUUUUGCUGCUAAUAUCUCUGUACAUAAAAGUGCUUGUGUUGUUGUAUCAGAACUUCACUUUUUCCUGCACAAUAAAUUGGUUGCCCUUUCAACUCUCC